CUAAAUCUUCAGUUUAAGACGCGUUUUAGUACUACAUUCUUCAAAACAUUCAAAAGACAAGUCUUAACAAUGAAGAUUGAUAAAAAUAACAACGAAUACAACUUUUCUGACCUUGACGAAGAGCUAAAUGACUAUGAAGUUGAGAAAGGAAAAAUUGCCGGUUUCGACUUUGACGCGUUGGAUUUUGAGGAAAGUAAAAAAGAAAAUUCAAAGAAACAAGAACCUUCAUCUAGAACUGAAAAGAAGAGCGGUAGAACCGCGAAGAAAAGACGCGUUUUACCUAAAGUAGACUAUGAAAAGCUAGUAGGACCUGAUGGUUUGGUAAAAUUGAAAGAACAAGGUCCAAAGUUAAAGUUUAUGAAUCAUAAAAAAUCAAAAAACGCGACAAUUGAUAACCUUGGAACUCUUAUAAAAUUUUAUCAAACUUGGGCACAUGGACUAUGCCCUCAAUUGAAAUUCAAGGAUGCUAUUUCUCAAUCCGAAAAUGUAUGUAAGGAUAAAAGAUUAAAAAAUUAUUUGGAUACUUUACGUGAAGAAGCCAAGAAUAAUCAAAAUGAAAGAAAUGACUACUUGUCAGGAAAAACUUUGGCUGAUGAAGAAUCAGAAUUUUGGCAUACGCCAUCUCAAUCAGCUUCUCGAAAUAAAAGGCUUUCGAGUUUUGAGGAUAAACUCAAAGAAGAUUUGAUAAGCCAAAAUCAUGAUGAAGACUUAACUGCUACGCCUUUCCGACUAACCAUUGGUGAUAAUUUAACUAUUGGUAAUGAUUCAGCUGCUGGUAUUGAUCUAACCUUUGGUAAUGAUUUCACCUUUGGUAAUGGUAAUGAUUUAAUUAUUGAAAAUGAAUUGGAAGAAAUUGUCCAAAGUACGGACUCACCAAUUAAAGAUAAUAUUUUAAGACCUCGUCGGUUAGUUUAUGAUGAUGAGGUAGAUGACAUAGAUGAUUCGGCUUUAACGAAUAAGUCCCAAGAGAUUAUGUUGGAUAUUGGGUCAUAUCCGUUAAGUUCCUUUAAAGAUCAAGAAGAAUUAUAUGAUGACGAUAUUUUGGGAGAUAGUCCAGAUAUACAAAUUCCCAUUAUACAAAAUGAUCAGAAUAAAGUGUUUGAGGAUAUAGUUUCACCUUGUGAAUCACGUGAUGAUAUUUUGGGUAAUAACAAUCUAGUUUCAAAUAUGGAUAUAGAUCAAGUUUAUGAAGAUCCAAAUUUAUCUCCCAGAAUGAAUUUGAGUCCUAGCAGGCGAAAUUUCCUUAUUAAAGACCAAGAUGAAAAUGAUGAUAUGACCGGUGCUGGGUCAGAUAAAGAAAAUUUACAACCAACUACAAUUGAUCUGCCUAUGUCUAAAGGAUCAACCCUAUUCUUUGAUCUCGGUGACAGAUAUGUUGAUUUGACACCAAUUUAUGAAGAGGUUAAUGGUCUUGACUAAAGUAUGUCAUUAUGAAAUUGUUUAUUUGUGAAAUGUUUUUACAAGUUUAAAUCUAUGAAUAAUUCUGUAUUAAGCCAAAUUGUUAAUGCUUUGAAUUUUCAAGUUUGUUUUAUAAUGUAAAAUUUUUCGUAAUACAAUAAAAAAAAUCAUUUC